AUAUAUGCAAAUUACGCUAAAGGUAAAGAGUGGUACAGAAAGCAGAUGCCUUAUUCAUAUCCUGGACAAACCACUAUAGAAAAAUCACCAGCAUAUUUCAGAACAGACUGGGUGGCAGAGAGGAUACACCGGUUCAACUCUAGCAUUAAACUAUUGGUGAUAAUUCGUGAUCCUGUUACAUGGUUAAUUUCUGAUUAUACACAAGUUUACACAAACAGAAAGGAACAAGACUUAAUGAAUAAAAGAUUUGAAAAUAUGGUGAUUGAUCCAGUAACAUUGAAAGUGAAUACAAACUACAUGGCAGUAAAAAUAAGUGUUUAUGAAAGAUACUUUGAUCAUUACCUCAAAGUGUUCAAUAGAAGCCAAAUUCAUAUUGUUGAUGGUGAAAAGCUUAUAACAAACCCAGCCAUGGAAAUGGUCAAGGUCGAACAAUUUCUUGGUCUAGAACCAUUUAUAACAACAGACACUUUUUAUUUUAAUAAAACCCUAGGAUUUUUUUGUAAGAAAGAUGGCACUAACGAGUGUCUUUAUAAGAAAAAAGGCAGAAAGCAUCCUCAAAUCGAUCCAUUUGUUAAAUACAAACUUAAGAAAUUCUUUAAACCUCACAAUGAAAAGCUCUUCCACAUGAUAAACCAAACCUUUGAUUGGGAUUAGAAAAAAAAUAAUAAAGGAGUUACAUACAAUUGAGAACUGUAUUGUUUUAUAUUCAAGACUUAAAGGUUGAGUAAGUAGUGUCAAGACGAAUCCAACGAUCAUGGACCUUAGUGUCUAAAUAUAUCGAAGUUUGGAAACUUUCAUCAAAUUGCAUCGAGGCUAACAUCUAUAUUCAUUAGCUACAAAGAAAACCCAAGAGCGUACCUUAUUUCUCCUGAUAUUCACAAUCAAAUCAACAUAAAUCCCCAGGAAUCUUCUCUCAGAACCAGAAAACUUCGACACAAAAAAUGCUCACUAACCUUUUAAUAUAUUCUUUCAUUCUUGCACAAAAGAUGCAUUAGUGUACCUACACUAUUAAUUGAGGGUUGAUAAUUCUUCAGAAUGUUUGAAUGAACUGAAUAAGUAGUUUACUUUUCAAAAUUGCAAAAAAAUCCAAAGUGCACUCUUAAAUAGCC